UCAAUUUCACUCGUCGAUCAGAACAGACUCCUUAACUAACGACUGCCUCGUCGGAAAUUCUCAUUUCCUCGUAAUCGUCCGUCGCACUCGGUGGCUGAUUCUCCGAAUCUCCGAUUAAUUGAUUGAGCUCAAAAUUUACCGCCAUUGUAGUGUUUCCGUAGAGCUUCAAGUGGCAUUUGACGAAACAAGAUCCCCGUCGGUGCUAUCUGAACGUACGUCACCGUUUAGAAUCGCUCACUUUGGUUCAUCAAAUCCCAGGCUACAGCUUGGUUGAGCUCGGCAUUGUUUCUGAUCCGAGUUUCGGCUUUCUAAUGGCGUCUUGGUUCAAAGCUGCCGAAGGAUUGUUUGAAGUCGUAGAUCGGAAGGCAAAGCUUGUUGUUAGUGAGUUAUCAGAAGAGCAGUCUCAUGCUCAAACAGCAGCUUCUAAUGGCCAAGGAUCUCAAACCAGGAAGACAAAGCCAAAGAAAAAGAAGAAAGUAUUCUCCAACGACCUUCCUAUAGCAAAUGCCACUCCAGAAGAAGAAUCAAGCACAUUAGCAUCAAAGGCAGAUGUGGUCUUGUCACCUGGAAAGGAAGGAAUUGUUUCUUCCACUGAAGAUGACCGAACGACAUCUGACAAGUCUACGACCCAAGUCAACAAAAGGAAGCCAGAUGACAAUGACAAUACUAUUCCUGUGUUAGAAAUUCCAUCAACAGAUGGCCUGGUAGUUGAAGCAGGAAAACAAAUUCCUGAUGGCAUGGACACUUCAGCUGGCAUUGCCGAUGUCGAAGUUAUUGCACCAACUUCUAAAACUGAACUAACUAAUGUGAAUGCCUCGGAUGUUCAUGAAGAACAUUUACUGUCAACACCUAAUAAAGAAGCUGUGGUGAUCAAUAAAGAGCAUCAAGAUGAGGAGCAGAGCAAUAAAUUGGGAAGUGUAGAAACUAUCUCAAAGAUAGAUCGAGAAAUGUCUGAAUCUGCUCCAACAGAGUUCCAGGAUAAUGGCGAAAGUCAAACAAAAGAUGAUUCUAAUAAGGUUCAAUCACCAGUCAAUCAAAAGCAUCAAGAGAAUUCAGCUGACAAGUCUUCUAUAAAAGUGCAGGACCAACUUGAAGAGGCACAAAUGCUACUUAAAACUUCCAAUUCCACUGGUCAGUCAAAAGAAGCAAGGCUAGUUAAGGUCUGUGCUGGACUUUCAUCACGACUUCAAGAAUUUAAGUCUGAAAAUGCACAGUUGGAGGAACUUCUUAUUGCAGAGAGAGAAUUGAGUAGAUCAUAUGACGCUCGCAUAAAGCAGCUAGAGCAAAAUCUGUUGGAAUCCAAAAAUGAAGUUUCUAGAGUUGAGUCAAGUAUGGCUGAAGCUUUGGCAGCAAAGAACACGGAAAUUGGGGCUCUUAUUGGUUCAAUGGAUGCACUUAAAAAGCAAGCUGCCUUAUCUGAAGGAAGUCUUGCCUCAAUGCAGGCAAAUAUGGAGUCAAUGAUGAGGAAUAGAGAACUAACUGAGACUAGGAUGAUGCAAGCUCUAAGAGAGGAGCUAGCUUCUGCUGAGCGUAGAGCAGAAGAAGAACGUUCUGCCCAUAAUGCUACAAAGAUGGCUUCCAUGGAAAGAGAAAUGGAACUGGAACAUAGAGCCAUGGAAGCGGCAUCUGCUCUUGCAAGGAUCCAGAGAGUAGCAGAUGAACGAACAUCAAAAGCAACAGAGCUUGAGCAGAAGGUAGCGCUGCUUGAGGUCGAAUGCUCAUCUUUAAAUCAAGAACUGCAAGAUUUAGAAGCUCGUGCUCGCCGUGGACAAAAGAAAUCACCUGAAGAGGCAAACCAAUUGAUUCAGAUGCAAGCCUGGCAAGAAGAAGUGGAACGUGCUCGGCAAGGUCAGAGAGAUGCUGAACUGAAACUUUCUUCCAUGGAGGCUGAAUUGCAGAAAAUGAGAGUUGAAAUGGCUGCUAUGAAAAGGGAUGCUGAACAUUAUUCACGUCAGGAGCACAUGGAGCUUGAGAAGCGUUAUCGUGAACUAACUGACCUAUUGUACUACAAGCAAACACAGUUGGAAGCUAUGGCAAGCGAAAAAGCUGCCGCUGAGUUUCAACUGGAGAAGGAAAUAAACCGCGCUCAAGAGGCACAGGUAGAGGUAGAAAGAAGUAGAGCCUCCCGUCGAGCUUCUUCUGCAUCUUGGGAAGAAGAUGCUGAAAUAAAAUCUCUCGAGCCCCUACCGCUGCAUCACCGAUACAUGGUCGGGACAAGCGUACAGUUGCAAAAAGCAGCCAAACUAUUAGAUUCUGGAGCAGUCAGAGCAACGAGAUUUCUGUGGCGGUAUCCAACUGCAAGACUAAUUCUACUCUUUUAUUUGGUAUUUGUACACCUUUUCAUGAUGUAUCUAUUGCACCGUUUACAGAUGUACCUUAUAACUUAUCAAACAACUCAAUUUGGUGAGCCCGAGCUCAAGCGGAUACUAUUACUGCUAGAGAAGUUGCCGAAUCCAUGGGCCUAACAAAUCCUAAUUUACCAUAAGACUCUUUCAACUUCUUCUCUAAUUUUUAUACGAGCAGUUCAAUGACAAAUAGCUUUUGAUGUGAAGAUAAGAAAAUUCAACUGAAAAGUUGAAACUCUUGGGUUCUCUUCAUCUAUUGUCAACUGCAUAAUGAAUUAAUUAUUUUACUAUCUUUUUGGUUGUUUCUUUACAGAAGAGAAGCAAUCGAUUUAGAAAUAGAAUGGGUGAUAUAUAGAUGAAAGAAAGUCUUUGCAUCUUUAUACCGCACUGGAAAUUUCCCUUUUUGUUUAUUUUUAUUAUGAUAAACUUAAUUUUUUUGUACGUUUUUUUUUUCUUUAUGAAAUAGAGGUAUGGAUUUGUAUUACUUGUAGGUCUGAUUUUUUCAAGUUCAACAGAGAUUGGGACCUUUAACCCCUACUUUA